AUGCAAUCGCGAACAAACCUUCAGCAACUGUCUGCGCGCGCGAACCGGGUCAGUGUCAUCAGCCACUCCCAGGGACCAGGGACUGUUGCCCAGUGCGAGAGCAUCCCGCGCCAGUGCCCCGACCCUCCCAGCGGGCGGGCCAUCCGGUUGGACAGGCCCAUCCACGCCGACCAGUCCAGGGACCGCGCAAGACGAGGACUCACGGCUGUUGAGGCUCCAAAUUCGCGAGCUCGAGAACAAAGUGGCGACGGCGACCCUGAUGCGAUCUCCAUCCGCUGGUCCGGCUCCAUAUGUCGACAUCGAAACCACCAAUUCGCGCCUGAGUGGAACCUUCCACGUCCACUGCAGAAGAGCUACGAACGGUCAGCCGGAGACCAUCGCACAGAGUGUCAAUCUGAAGUUGCGGUCAUUGGGACAGAGCCACUGAGGAGUCAGUGGAUCUUCCUGAUCCGACGCAUCUUGACCAUGCUCGAGCCCACCUCAGUCAAGAGACAUCCAAGGCAUGAAGAUCGUGUCGCCGUAUCCGGGGAAGAUGUGCAGGAAGAGGAGACCGUGGAAGAAGGUGCCGCUGUCGCGGACGAUGAGGAAACAUCGCUCAAGGGAGCCACACCGGUUAGCGCGUGCCCCGUUGGAAUCUGGAAGCUAUCCGCUCCUUCUGGACAGACGAUGUCCGUCCCAUUGGUGACAGGAGUGCCGCAGCAAUAUGUCGCGAUACCGUUGAUAACCAGGACGGCGUGGAAGAAAAUACCCGAAAUGACACAAAUCAAGGAAUUCACUGCCAACACUGCAAACAGCCGCUUGCAGACGGCAGGACGAGCACCAGUUCUCCAUCUGUCACCUGCAGAAGAGCUUCUGCGACAGCUACUUCUAGCCUGUCGCGACAGCAUCGUUUCCAGCAAAAAUGAUGUGACGAAUCUGGACAUGUGGUUCGUCGGGGGAUGGGUUCGAGACAGACUUCUCGAUCGUCAAUCCUCAGACAUCGAUGUGGCACUCAGCUCCAUGACUGGCAUCCAGUUCGGCCACGCGCUCGAGGAUUAUCUCUCGAGGGAGAAAUCUAAAUACAUCGAGGAGGCAAAGCGUCUCGGAGCUCCCCCAGUAAUCUCAAAGCUGCACGAGAUCAAAAAGAACUCUAAGAAAUCCAAACACCUAGAAACAGGAAGUUUCCAUAGUAUUUUCGGUCUCUCAGUGGAUUUCGUAAAUCUCAGAAAGGAAACCUACAGCGGGGAGAGCAGAAUUCCGCGGAUGGAGUUUGGCACUCCGGAGGAGGAUGCUCAUCGUCGCGAUGCUACAAUCAACGCUCUGUUCUACAGCCUCAACACAGGGAUAGUUGAAGAUCAUACCGGACUUGGACUGCAUGACCUGGCUGCUGGUGUCAUCAGGACGCCAUCAUCCCCCUUCGACGCCUUCGAUGAUGACCCCCUCAGAAUCCUCUGA